GCUCGUUCAUGCCUAUGUGGAGCGAGCAAGUGCGAGCCCGACGCUGACUUUCGUUGACUUAACGGCCACAGGUGUCGCUGUUAACAAGCAUUUCUGAUUCUUACAAACAGUCCCUUUAAUGCAAUGCAAGGUGAAAAUAGAGACAAGACUGAAUGCUAAUGAUAAGGAUAUGUUAUGACUAUUUAUGUCUUUCAGUUACCUCUCAUUCUUGUAAGACUUUUUUUCUCACUUUGUAUUACAGUAGAAUGGACCAAAUGUCUUACGGAAAAUGCAGUAAUUUUUUUUGUAAACUCUGUAGAUGACUCAGAAAAGAGACAACAUGUUUCUGCAAGUCAACAUUCAAACUCAAAAUGGGAAUCAACCUACAGCGUUCAUCUCUUUAACAAGACCAACAACAAAAGAGUUUCUGAUCUUUUUUAUUGUCCAUGAAAUCCUCUGUAGAAACAACGUCAGACACAAAAAGGUACAUACAUGCAUCUACUAUAGGCUAUAGUAGAGUUUGACAGCAAUGAUUCCUACCUGCUAUAAAUCAUUAUCUCUAAACCUCACUAUAUCACACACAUCGUACACACUGAAUCAUAUGGCAAUAUAGACUAUGGGUUUCUAUGGAUAUUUUAUUUGGGUACAAGAACAAUAUACAAUACAUUAGGAAGUUGAAUAGAAUGAACCUUACAUGAUAAAAAGAAAUGUUUGUAUUGUUUGUACAUAUGUUCCUCUUUCUUGUGUUUUUCUUUUUGACAUACUAUUUUUAUGCUUUAGCGAAGACUGAGUACGUCCAUAUCGCCGUUUUAAGUUCUGUUUUAUUCUCUAAACGAUCCACGAUACAAGUAAAAGAGAAACUCUUGACUUGACCAAAUGUCCAGGUGCUGAUUUAAACACAUUUCACCGUAGAGGAGAAUCUCUGUGGAGACUUUAAAGGCUCAGCAGCACUGAUCUAAUUCUCUUGCUAUUGAAAAGGCCGUGACCUAUCCUCCCUUCUGUGCUGGCAGCUCGGGUAACCUUAAAGGAAUGCAGACGAUGAUGCCAGAAUUAUUUUGGGCUGAGAUUCAGAUGUUAAAAUAGCAAAAAAGGUUGCAGGGUAGAUUACCAAGGAGAAACGCAGACAGUUGUGUUGUCGACCUACAUGUAGCUCUUGUACAGAGACCUUGAAAAGCAACGUUUCCAGCCAAGGCUAAAGAGUGGAAGUGUAAUUCAUAAAACCACCGAGAAGAGGCCCGGAGGAGGUUGUAAAAGCAGAAGUGGAGCAUCCAGACAUGCCCAGAGGCCUGAGCUGCUUGGCGAGCCCUGAGGGGGCAGACGGCAGGUAUGAGACCCCCCCGGCUUCAGAGCUCCAGAGGCUGAUGUGGACAAAGACGGGGACCAGCAGCCAUCUGGAUGAGGUUCAGCCCAGGAUCUACAUUGGAGACAUGUAUGCAGCCAAAGACAAGAGGACACUGCAGGCUCACCACAUCACCCAUGUGCUUAACGCCGCUGACGGGAAGUUCAACGUGAACACGGGCGCCAGCUUCUACAGAGACACCAGAAUCACUUAUCAUGGAGUGGAAGCUUUUGACAUGCCAUCCUUUAACUUGAGUCCCUUCUUCUACCCAGCGGCCAAUUUUAUCAAGAACGCUCUGAGCUCGCCCACAGGUAAAGUGUUUGUCCACUGUGCGAUGGGUCUCAGCCGCUCGUCCACCUUGGUUCUGGCCUACCUGAUGAUCCACGAGAACAUGACGCUGGUGGACGCCCUCAAAGCCGUCAGCGCCAACAGGAACAUCUCACCUAACAAUGGUUUCCUGGAGCAGCUCCGAGAGCUGGACACAAAGCUGCACUGCCAGGUGCCAUCGAGGAGCUGGAGCGCCAACGGGAGGACUUGAGAUAAAACCCAUCAGUCCAUAAAUAUGGAUUAUAUUGUUGAGUUUGAAGGAGAAAAACAUGCUCUGAUUGUCUUCUCUUUGUAAGAUAAAUUCCAUUUUUUUGUGAAGAAAUUAAAGUGACUUAUAUUACAAUAAA